AGCAAGUUUUGGUUUUCCAUAAUUUCCGAUCCUGAUUUUGUUAAAUUGCAUCUUAAUUUUACUUCCCAAAGAAACAACCAUAAUUUAUUGCUUCAGAAUUAUUAUGACAUGAGUUUUCAUUCCAUAAGUUAUGCUUCAUUAUUAUCAUCAUCGACUGAAUCUAUUGUUGUUGUUCAAAAGAAUUUGCACUGCAAAGAUAAUAAACAUGAUGAGUUUGAUUUGUUGGGAUCAUGCAACGGCUUGGUAUAUGGCUGGAAUUAUUUAAUGAGAUCAUUUUCUCUGUGGAACCCAGCCACAAAUGAAUAUAGGAUAUUACCCAAAUCACAAGAUACGUAUAAUUAUAUGGGUCGAUUACAUGGUUUUGGUUAUGACUAUAAGACCGAUGAUUAUAAGUUGGUAAUCAUCCAUGAAAACAAGGAAAAUUGUUUAACAGAAGUCUAUUCUUUGAAAUCAAACUUAUGGAAAUGCUUUCGAUCCCCCCGGUGGGGGUUUCAUGUUGAUAAACUGUCUGGGGUGCUUCUCAAUGGAGCUCUCCAUUGGUUUGGGCCGAUUGCAAUGGAUAUCAGUGAAGAGAAACUCAAAGAAUUGCAACUACCAAUGAUUUGUGAUAACUUUGUGAAUAUGGGAGUGUUAGAUGGGUGCCUUUGUGUACUUGCUACUGACGAAGAGGUCUUUGAAGUUUGGGUAAUGCAAGAUUAUGAAGUUCAAGAAUCUUGGACUAAACUUUAUACCAUUACGUAUGAGAGUAUAAUAUGUGAUCCCCGUUUUCCUGUGGAGCUUAUUGGGUUUCUCAUGAAUGGUGAGAUUAUGUUCAAGGACCCAAAGAUGCAGAGCAUAAUUUUAUACAAUCCGAAGUAUGAUACUGCAAGAAAACCAAAUAUGCAUGGUUUAAGGUUGCUGAGAGCAGUGAGUUAUUUUGAAAGCUUGGUUUCACUGAUAUCUAUAACUUCACUGGAUGAAGGAAACAGAGAGAUAUCACUAGAAUUAAGCUUGUAGAAGAGAAACAUGUUUUGUACCCUGUUAAGCUCCCAGGAACGAGUUCCAUUAAGUUUCAUGUAUGCUACGGUUAGUGUGUUUUCCCCACUGAGUUUUUUUAGAUCAUAAGUUACCUUUACUGAUUGAUGAGCACUACCAGGCUACAACAUAGAGCUUGCUCUUGCUUCACAGGGAUACCAGAUAAUGGCUGCUACAUGCUAUGGUGAAAUAUGUCGGUAUGUAUGGUGAAGAGGGCUAUAUGCUGUUGUAGUAGAGCUUUAACUGCGUCGAUCAUCAUUUCUUUCAUUAUUUACAAUUCUCAACUAGUUGUUUUUCUUUUUUCGCAAUUACGUUUUACUGUCACAUUUAAUAUGUGUCAUCCAAAUCAAAACCAUGUUAUGUUGUCACAUUGUAAGGUUUUUCUUUGAGAAAUGGAACACCAAUGAACUUAGAUGCGCAA